UUACAGAGGCGUGUCUCUGCCGCAGGUGAACGGGAAGGAGCUCUCCAAGCUGUCUCAGGAGCAAACUCUGCAGGCCCUGCGCUCCUCCAAGGAGCCCCUGGUGAUCCAGGUGCUGAGACGCAGCCCCCGCCUCCGGGGGGACAGCUCCUGUCACGACCUGCAGCUGGUGGACAGUGGCACUCAGACCGACAUCACCUUCGAGCAUAUCAUGGCGCUGGGCAAGCUGCGUCCGCCCACCCCGCCCAUGGUCAUCCUGGAGCCGUACGUCCUCUCUGAGCUGUGAGUCGCCCUCAGGAGGGCCCCGGGCCCUGCCUCCAGAGAGGGCAGGCCACAUGGGGCGGCCAUCUGCACACCACCCUCUCGGGCAGGAAGCAGGCCCCUCGGCCUCCAGAGCUGACCGUGGUAUCCGAGGGCUCCAAAACCUCCAGGCCUCUAGCCUUGGGCCGGGCUCCAGAAGGUGCCCCGUUGUAUCUACCCCCAGGGCCGAGGGAGGACUCUCCUGUCCGGGACGACGCUGCCGGAAGUGCCAGGGUUGAGGGCCUCAGCUCCUACUCCUCCAUCCUCUCUCCUCUGCUGCCUCACAAGCAUCACUCCUUGAAUCUUCUUGCAUCCCUUGUCUGUCUCAUUCCUCUACCUGCUCUGAAUUUCCUCCAUCUCUUCGGCUUCUUUCUUUGGCCCGACCGGAAGAAGGGCCUUUCAUCCAGGCCUGGUGGCUCAUGACCGCGUGAGCGCUGCCUCAUUCUGCUAAUCUUAGCUCGGGCUGUGGGGAGGUAGGCCACAGGGCCAUGAGCAGCCAAUCUUAGUUUUGGGGCCAGGAAGGCAGCCCCUGCAGGUAGGGUGGGCCUCCCUCUGCUCUGCAGAAGUCUUCCAGGGCCUGGAUAACUCCUGGGGGCGUUGCAUGAGUGGGGCCAGUACUGGGCGGGCGGGUGGGUACCUAGAGAUUGGAGAAGUCGGUCCCUGCCAGCUGGUGUGGUUGGAGGAGUCUGGUCUGCGGGACAGGCGAGCUAGUCUGUGCAGGUCCUCCGUGUCGAUGCCGCACACUCAGGUGCGAGAAGUGUCCCCGGUCUUUGCAUGGCUGCAUGUUGCCCAGGAAGGAGCUCUGCAGGAGGCAGCUGGGCCACUCCCCCUUGAGAGCACAAGCAGAGCAGUUCUCCGUGCCAGCCCCCCCAUCAGCCAUGAGUAUUAUGACCCGGCGGAAUUUAUGGAGGGCGGCCCGCAGGAGGCAGACCGCUUGGACGAGCUGGAGUAUGAGGAGGUGGAGCUGUAUAAAAGUAGCCACCGGGACAAGCUGGGCCUGAUGGUUUGCUACCGCACAGACGACGAGGAGGACCUGGGCAUUUAUGUCGGAGAGGUAAAUCCCAACAGCAUUGCAGCCAAAGACGGCCGGAUCCGUGAGGGAGACCGCAUCAUCCAGAUUAACGGUGUGGACGUCCAGAACCGGGAAGAGGCGGUGGCCAUCCUGAGCCAGGAAGAGAACACCAACAUCUCCCUGCUGGUGGCCCGACCUGAGAGCCAGCUGGCGAAACGGUGGAAGGACAGCGACCGGGAUGACUUCCUGGAUGACUUUGGCUCUGAGAAUGAGGGGGAGCUGCGUGCUCAUAAACUGAAAUCACCCCCUGCCCAGCAGCUCCGAAACGAAGAGGAGAAGGGGACUCCGGAUGCAGGCCCAGGCCUGAGCAACAGCCAGGAGCUGGACAGCGGGGUGGGCCGGACUGACGAGAGCACCCGGAACGAAGAGAGCUCUGAGCACGACCUGCUGGGGGACGAACCCCCGAGCUCCACCAACACCCCGGGAAGCCUGCGCAAGUUUGGCCUGCAAGGGGACGCCCUGCAGAGCCGGGACUUCCAUUUCAGCAUGGACUCUCUGCUGGCCGAGGGGGCGGGGCUGGGAGCUGGCGACGUCCCGGGCCUCACGGAUGAGGAGUAUGAGCGCUACCGCGAGCUCCUGGAGAUCAAGUGCCACCUAGAGAACGGCAACCAGCUGGGCCUCCUCUUCCCCCGGGCCUCCGGAGGCAACAGUGCCCUGGAUGUCAACCGCAACGAGAGCCUGGGCCACGAGAUGGCCAUGCUGGAGGAGGAGCUACGGCACCUGGAAUUCAAGUGCCGCAACAUCCUGCGGGCGCAGAAGAUGCAGCAGCUGCGUGAGCGCUGCAUGAAGGCCUGGCUGCUGGAGGAGGAGAGCCUCUACGACCUGGCGGCCAGCGAGCCCAAGAAGCACGAGCUGUCUGACAUCUCCGAGCUGCCUGAGAAGUCGGACAAGGACAGCACCAGCGCCUACAACACUGGGGAGAGCUGCCGCAGCACCCCGCUGCUCGCGGAACCCCUGCCCGAGAGUCCCCUGCGGCGGGCUGCAGCCGGCAACUCCAACUUGAACCGGACCCCUCCCGGCCCCCCUGUUGCCACCCCGGCCAAGGCAGCUCCUCCACCGGGGAGCCCCGCCAAGUUCCGGUCCCUCUCCCGGGAUCCUGAGGCCGGCCGGAGGCAGCAUGCGGAGGAGCGCGGCCGCCGCAAUCCCAAGACCGGGUUGACCCUGGAGCGUGUGGGCCCCGAAGGCAGCCCUUACCUCUCGCGGCGCCACCGCGGCCAGGGCCAGGAGGGCGAGCACUACCACAGCUGCGUGCAGCUGGCCCCGACGCGAGGGCUGGAGGAGCUGGGCCACAGCCCCCUGAGCUUGGCCGGUGGCCCUCGGGUGGGCGGGGUGGCGACCGCGGCCACUGAAGCACCGCGCAUGGAGUGGAAGGUGAAGGUGCGCAGCGAUGGAACCCGCUACGUGGCCAAGCGGCCCGUGCGAGAUCGGCUGCUGAAAGCCCGUGCCCUGAAGAUCCGGGAGGAGCGCAGCGGUAUGACUACCGACGACGACGCAGUGAGCGAGAUGAAGAUGGGCCGUUACUGGAGCAAGGAGGAGCGCAAGCAGCACCUGAUCCGAGCCCGCGAACAGCGGAAGCGGCGCGAGUUCAUGAUGCAGAGCCGGCUGGAGUGCCUGCGGGAGCAGCAGAAUGGCGACAGCAAGCCCGAGCUCAACAUCAUUGCCCUGAGCCACCGCAAAACCAUGAAGAAGCGGAACAAGAAGAUCCUGGACAACUGGAUCACCAUCCAGGAGAUGCUGGCCCAUGGCGCACGCUCGGCUGAUGGCAAGCGGGUCUACAACCCUCUCCUCUCGGUCACUACUGUGUGAGCUGCCCCGGCGGGUGCACGGCCCAGGCCCAAGGAGCCCCCUGGGGCCCCUGCCCUCACUGUCCUAUAGAGAUUAUGUGUGUGUGUGCGCGUGCUCACUGUGCGCAUGCACACACCUCCCCGUCUAGGUGUGCGCACAGGGCUUUGUUAGCAGAGAGAAGCCCCUGAGGAGAAGGGACGCUUUUCUUCUUUCUGCCCAAGCAAAGUGACCACGCUAGUGGCCAGUAUUGGGGGCACACCUGUAAUGGGCACCCCUUCGGCUGUGCGUGUGCAUUUCCCAUUCCCCAUGCUCUUGCGUGUGCUUGCACGUGCACGCACACACAUACCCAGUGAUCUCUCCACCCAACCCGUGUCCUUGCAGACAGGGAAGCUGAGCUGAAAGGAGCACAAGAGAGUGUCCGGCUUCGCUGCUGAGCUCGGCCUCUCCCCGCUGCAGUUAUUUGGAGACAAAGGCACCCCGAUUUUUGUGGUUUUUCUCCCUUUCUGUGCUUGCCAAUAGUUGUUUUGUUUUGUGGACCUGACCUGGGGGCUGGCAGCUCCUUCAGGCAGCCUGGCAGAGGUGGAACUCCCUCCUCCACUGAUGGCUGGGAAGGGAGUUGGGGAGGAAGAUCGGGAGGGAGGGCUGGGGAUAGAUGGGAGGGAAGGGGAGGGAAAGGUGGGAGGAAUGGGAAGCAGCUGUUCUGGUGGCUUCCACUCUGAGGUGUGGGAACGGGGAGCUUUUGGGGGGCACCUGUUUCCCCAGUGACUGAGAGCAAGACUGCAGGAACGGAGGGGUCUUGCAGGGUGUCCACUAAGAAGUCCCAGAGCCCGUUCUGUGCCCCACACCAUCUGGAGCACGGGCUUCUCUUCUGAGUGAACUGAGGAAGGUGAUUAGAGGGGGUCUAGAAGCCAAGCCCCGUGAGCAGCAGUGGAAGACCUUGGGCCAUGCGGCCUGGAGAGGACUUGGUGGCGAUCCACAACCUGGACCCCAGUGAGGUGGUGGGCUGACUGGGAAGGAGAGGCCCCCAGCCUCCUCAGGAUUUGCACGUGUGAACUAGGCUGCCUGGGGGUGCCCCUCAGGCUUGGAGAGCCCCGGACUGGAGGCAGACAGGCUGCACCACCCCUUCCCCCUGCAUCUUGAGAAUAAAGCAAAAGCUGCCUUUGUACUUGGUUGAA